GGAAGACCCACCCUUGCCUAUGGCGUUCCUUCAGUCCAUCUUUCCCAAUUCCCUCCCCUCUCUCUCUCUCUCUUCCUUGUUAGCUGCAGCAAAAGAUGAAAUCUUUCAGUCCUCGCCACCGCCAACUAAAGUAAAAGACAGAGACCCAUCAAAGUUUGAAGACAAGUCCUCAAAAACAACAAAAAGGGACCUCCAAAGUCUCCCCAAUCUUCAUUUUCUUCUUAUUCUCUCCCCUUCUUUUGUUAACCCUUUGAUCCCCUCCGCUCUCUUUCUCCACUUCUUCUCUCUUAACCCUAAAGAUUUCUGGGGGUUUUCUCCUGAUCGUCCUCUCCCUGCCUUCUUGUGGCUUUUGAUCUGUACCGCUGUACGAUCGGGUUAAGAUUGUGUUAGAUGGAAGGUGGAAAUGCGUCUGAGAACCAUUUGACUUCAGCUGCAGCUUUUGUGGAAGGUGGAGUUCAGGAAGCAUGUGAUGAUGCUUGCAGCAUAUGCCUUGAAGCAUUUUCGGAUAAUAACCCUUCAUCUGUUACUGUUUGCAAACACGAGUUUCACCUGCAGUGUGUCCUCGAGUGGGGACAGAGAAGUUCGCAAUGCCCUAUGUGUUGGCAGCAUCUUAGCUUAAAAGACCCCAACAGCCAGGAACUGUUUGAUGCAGUAGAGCAUGAAAGGAAUAUCAGGAUGAACCCACCAAGAAAUACCACUAUAUUCCGUCACCCAACCUUAGGCGAUUUUGAAUUGCAGCAUUUACCGGUUAGUGCAACAGAUUCUGAACUGGAAGAGCGCAUUAUUCAACACUUAGCUGCAGCUGCUGCUAUGGGCAGGGCACGCCACCUUGCUAGGAGAGCUCAGAGGGGUGGUAGGUCAUCAUCUCAAGGCCACCCUCAUUUUCUGGUGUUUUCCACAAAUCCAAAUCCGAAUUCGUCUCCCAUGGUUUCUGACUUCUCCACUCAAAUGACUGGAGGUGAACCUUCCCCUCCAGUCCUCUUUGGAGAAGGCUCUCAACAAUUGGUUCCCCAAACUGACCAGACUUCUGUCUCUGGAGCAAGUGAACUUGGAACUUCAUCAAAUAACAACAGGAGUUCUCCUUCUCCUUUUCCUCAGAAUCAAAACAGAGCAGGACCAUCCGAUUUUCAGUCCUUCUCAGAAUCAUUAAAAUCGCGUCUAAGUGCAAUGUCAAUGAGAUACAAAGACUCCAUCACCAAGAGCACAAGAAGCUGGAAGGAGAGAUUCUUCUCUCGUAAUAAUGCUGUCUCAGAUCAUGGUUCUGAAUCUAGAAAUGAGGGGAGUUCAGGUAUUUCCGCUGUAUCACACCUAAUGGAACGCCUUGACACUAGGGAGGAGGGUAGUAGUACUCCCUUUUCUUUUACAAAUACCUUGGAGGAGGAUUUGCCACAUUUACAGCAAGAUCACCCUGAACAGCUAAUAUCGCGGGUUGGUGGUAACCCUUCUUUGAGUGGGAAUAGCAGUCAAACUUCACAAUCCACAUGCUAGUAUGCUUCAGUCUGAGUUUUGAUGGAAUAGUUAUCAAGAUGCAUAAGCUCUGUGAAAGAAGCAGUAUUGGCGUCAGAUUUAGAUUAUGUCAUCUAAAGGCCGUCUCUGUCCCUGAACUGAAAACUGAAUUUUUUCGUUCAUUUCUCAUGUUCUGUGUUAUGCAUUCUAAUGAACGUUUGAAUUCAUUAAAGGGCACAUUACUCUUACCUUUAUAUAUAUAUAUUCAUUUAUAAUGGGGCGUAGUUGGGUGAGAGCUUUAUACACUUGCUAGAUUAAACCAC